AUGCCUGUCAUGUCUCCAUCGUGCCGAACAAAGUCCAAGACUGGCUGCCGGACCUGCAAGAUCCGGAAGAUCAAAUGCGAUGAGCUGAUGCCCGAGUGCAGACGCUGUACUUCGACUGGACGGAAAUGCGACGGCUACGGGAUCUGGGGAGGUGGUGGUGAGAAUGGAAACAAAGACCAAUACCAACAACGCCAUCAUGAUCGUCCCCGACCCUCGAGCGCCGCUACCGCUCUGGCUCUCGCAGAAUCCUACUACUGCUCGUACGAGUACCGUGCUAACCCCCCCACCACCUUGAGCUCCUCGCCUAGGACCUUCUGUGUCUAUCCCGCUAACGCGCUGGACGCCGAUGAAAAGUCCCAUCUCGAGUGGUUCUGGUGUCGCACGGCCAGGAAGGUCCAGGGUGCAUUUUUCUCAGACGCUGCGAACGCCGUCUUGUUCCAAGCCAGCGCAUCCGAGUUGGCCGUGACCCAUGCAGUCCUGGCGCUCUGUUCGGUCCAUAAACGUGCCGACAUGUCUGUCCUCGUGCGGCAGCGGCACGACGACGACGAGAGGUUCGCCUUGGUCCAGUACAACAAGGCCAUCAAGUACCUGCAGCCCAGGCUCAUGGCCACCAACGACCGCACGUCGCUGCGCCUGUGUCUCCUCUCGUGCAUCGCCUUUGUUCAUCUCGAGUUCUUCCGCUGCCACUACCAGAUGGCCCGGAGGCAUCUUGAGCACGGCCUGAGAAUGUUGGACUGCCUACAGGCUCUCUCAACUGUGAGCAGUGGCAGUGGCAGCCCCUUCGUCGAUGACUGCAUCGUACGAAAUCUCCGAGGUCUGUACCUUCAGUCGACGUUGUUUGGUCAACAACCUGACCGUCCGUGGGCCGUCGUCGAUAGCUUGAAGCACAUUAGGGACAUAGCAACCUUCUCCUCAGUGCACCAGGCAAGGGAAUACCUGGAAAUUCUGCUGCUCAGGAUCUGUCGCAUGACCGAGACUCACUCGAAGAAGGUAUCCUCCUCAUCAACUCCGUCGUCCUUCGACGGAGCAUGUUCCUCAGCCCAGUGUCCGUCCCAAGACUUGUCUUACGAUCUACAGGCGUGGAAGGCUGUUUACGACACGACAUGGACCAGAUUCAAGCGCAGCAUGAACGGGCUCGAGGUAUUCGCGUACCGGCUGCUGGGGGUCUACCACAACAUGGCCCUGAUCAUGGUCGACACGGCGUGCGAGGCCGACGAAGCCAAGUUCGACCGGCACACGGCGCGCUUCGCGUCCAUCAUCGCUCAAGUGAUGGCGCUCCGCGACAUGGCGUCGUCGAGCAAAGUGCGCGAAAAGUUUUUUGGCACAUCCGAAGAGGGACUGUCGCACUCGAUCGCCGACAUCGGCCUGAUGGCACCGCUUUUCUACCUCGCCGUCAAGUGCCGCGUACACGCGCUCCGGUGCCAGGCCAUCGGGAUGAUCGCCGAGCUCCCGCGCAAGGAGGGCAUCUGGGACGCCAUCCUCGUCGCCCAGAUUGCAGCCAAAGUAGUGGCCAUCGAGGAAGCAGAAUCCAGCAUUUGCAGCGCAGACGCGUCGUCCGACCAUGAUGGCCUCCGCUCCCCAGAAGAUGGCCCCUAUGAGCAACUAUUCUUGACCCUCCCGACCGGCCUCGACCAAGUCCCAGUCCCCUCAGCGUCGCGGCGCGUGGAAGCAAUUGAGGUCCUGCUUCCCGAUGGUCCUUGGGACCCUGUCAUACUGAAAUGCAUUUAUCAAGACAAGACCCAAUGGGACACCUACCUCAUUGAUCGGCGUGGAAUUGGUACCUGA